CAUGAUUACGUAGCUAGCUAUGAGUUUCAGAGAUUUAUGCACGUGCUAUAAAGUGUCAAACGCGUUAAAGGUGACGGCUAACAACGUUAGAUCUUCACAGAACAAUGAGUGCGAGAAACAGACUCGGCCCCUCUCCCAUGCCCGCCUGCCACCCCAGUGCGUUCUCCCGGCAGCCGCCCCGUGUGCUGAUAGUGGACACCUCGCCGCCCUGGUGGUCGAAGACGGGCUCUGUUUUGUGCAAAGCCCUCGACAACUUCCUGACGCUGGCCAGCAGCCUGGAGGGGCCCAGCCGCCUGCCUCUGCUCAGCGUCUACGCAGUCAAUGUCCAGCAGGAGUGCCUUCUGCCUUUUGUGCAGGUGAAGGGGAACCUGGUGCGCCUCCACCUGUGUGUGGAGGAGCUGCGCUCGCAGCCAGGGGAGGGGUGCGUGCGCCCCCGGGGGACCCUCCUCAGGCAGACCAUCCUGGACAGCCUGCAGCAGUACAAGCAGUACAGCAGUCACCACGCCCACGUGGGGAGCGUCGGAGGCAGCAGCAGCAGCAACAGCAACAUAAGCAGCAGCUCAGUGGAGGUGACUGUGAUGACCAGUCAGCCGGGCCGCGUUGUCCGGGAGUUGGAGGCGGGGCUUAAGGACUCGGACCUGAGCGACCUGCGGCGCCUCCUGGUGGUUCAGAUCUCCACCCAGCAGCAGCUGACCCGGGGAGCACAGCUGGAGCCCCGACGCCUCCUCGCCUGAAGCCUCAACGACUCAGAGGAGGGGAUGAUGCUGGGCACUGAGGUGGACCUGCAGGUGGUGGAGAGCAGCGUGGUUGCCCUGGAGAGCGUUCUGAAGGCGUGGCUGCACGAGCAGGCGGGGGAGCGGGAGCAUCUGCACCUGCUGCUGCCCCCCUUCCUGCAGCACGGCUCCGCCCCCGGAGGCCCCCGCAAGCCCAACUCCAUCUGCCUGAAGUGUGACAUACAGGAGAGGCUCCUCAGCCCCAGUCUUCUCCCCGGCUCCUCGGCGCUGGACCUCGGCACCAAAACAGAGAGCGUCCGGGACUUCCAGCCCCCCGGCAAGGGCCCAGCCAAUCACAUUCCCCCUCCUCAGAGACUCCGAGCCAUCAAGACCCUGCACGCAGACGGAGUGUGUGAGUCGGUGCUGUAUGGUCUCCCUCUGGUCAUCAGGCCCACCAUAUGCUGGCAGCUGGAUUGGGACGAGAUUGAGACCAACCAGCAACACUUCCAGGCACUUUGCCACACACUUAGGGCACGUGAAUGGUUCCUGCUGGUGCGUUCGGAGCCUGCUGUGGGUUCGGCGCUGGCGUCCGCAUCGUCCGUCUGCUCUCACUACGUGCUGCAGCCCUCGCCCUCACUCUCGCUGCUGCUGCUCAAGCCUGUGGUCACGCAGGAGCUGCUGCUGCCCUGCUGCAUGCCUGACUCAAAUCAAGACCCCCCGCUGAGCGCGCUCAUCACUGUGGAGAACUCCCUGCAGCAGCUGGAGGACGACCUCAUGUUCAACCCCCUGUGCCUGGACACUAACCUCUACCUGCACCUCAGGAUGCGAGGCCUGGCCUCCCGACCGGCCCACCCUUACCGCAGGCAGGGUCCUGCCCAGACCCAGACCCACGGACUCGGGGUGAGCCCUGAAGCCGGGCAGAACCAGCGCAGGGAGCCACUGCGGCCACAAGAGGGCUCCACGGCCCGGCAGCAGUCUCAUGGCCGUCAGUCUCACCAGGGUCGGGCGCGGGCGACCGUGGCUCCUCUCCCGCCCUCCUCGGGCCCCCCGGCCAAGAGCUCCCGGCCCUCCCUGACCUUCGGCAAACGCUCCUCCUCCUCCCCCUCCCCCUCCUGCCUUGGCGAGAGUGACGACGAACUGAUAAUGAUGCUGUAGCCCCUGCAGGAGUGGGCUUCUUCAAUCCCACCAUGAGGAGACAGUGGGCAUGCAAAACUCGUCUAUUGACAGACCAGAUGUGGACGGGCUUCUGGCAGCCUUCGACCGUUUCUCCCUCGCUGUGGAGAUCAUCUGGCCUCCCUGAAGCACUGUUGUGGUUUUUUUAUUGGUCACAUUUCAAGACCAGCCUACUUUACUAGGCUGCUCUUUCUAGUGUUGUUCCCAUCUGUGUAACUUGGGGGGAAAAGAUUUUCAGAUUUGUGUUUAUUACCCAAGAACGAUGUUGUUAUGAAUUGCUCUCUAAAUCAGUUCAGGCUGUUGCUGAUUAAAAGAAGAAUCAAUGUAAUGAACAGACAUGUAAAGCCAAUGGAAUAAAAUUCCAGAGCUGUUGAACUGUGUCCGACUUUCCAAACAGGCAUAGCCCUUCAGUGCAGCAAGGAUGACUGAAAUGUUUUGUUUUUAAAAAAAAAGAAAAAAGAAAGAAAGAAAGCAGACAGUGAAGGAGGGAAGUGGGUGCCUGUAGUGCAGCCUCGACUGAAACUCCUUGGAAAACGUAAGUGGAAUGUCAGAGUGGGAAGUGGAAUGACUUAAGGUUUUUUUUUCUCCAUAAAUAGUCCUGAUGAGUUCCGACGGACCUUGAAACUCAUAAUAGAAGCAGCUGCUCUGAUUGACCCCAUUCCAAACACUCCAGCUAUCUGCAAACAGUCCACGUUUGUCGCCUCAAUGAUGUUUCUGAGCAGGCAAAAUGGCCAGCUGACAUUGUGUUGACUUAAUUAUUAUGACUGUGUCAACUAUGAGCUCCGGGGCUUGUGUAUUGCACUCUUAGAAAACCUGCUCAAUACAGGUCUUUAGUAGUAUUAUUAAGUAUACUUAAGUAGUAUUACUUUCGACACUAACAGAAUACUUCAUACUUUACAUGUAGAUUCUAGAUCAACAGGGUGACUCAUAUUGACUUCAUAACAUUCACUGCUGUGGUUUUCACCAUUUACAUGUGUGGUUCCAUGUCAAAGCCUUAACUCAAUCAUGCAAAACAUUUACCCCAAAAAGCCCAACUAGAAGUCCAACUCAUCCACCCGUGUAAGCUGGUUUUGUCUGAUACACUAUUCCACAUAUCUGCUGCACUCUUCUGCCUUCUCCUCUACCUUUCCUGCCAUUGUCUCAGGCAACACAGUGGAAACAGGAACGCAACAGCCUCAGAAAGAGGAAGCCAAAUUUAGAGAAAUUGGACAAGCUGGCCAACUCAAAAUUACCCAUCUUUUUUUUCUCAUGUCUUUUUUUAGCCAACAGAGUGUCUGUGCUGCUACGUUGUAUAAGCUGAUUUAUGAGUUUAUGUUUAUUAGUGCGUUGGGGGCUUUUAAUAGGUACUGCAGUUGGAUGACAGAAGAGCACUAGGUUAUAACAUGAGGAAAUGGCUCACAAUGACAGAUUGUUGGAGCAAGUUGGAGCAGGUUUCACACUGCAGUGAAAUAAAUCAGCCCACUGGAUAGUAAGUGGCCAUUGAAAAGGUCACGCUGGGGGAGGAGAGGUGCUGUGAAAACAGACCGAAGUAGGGUACUUCCUUGUCAGCGACUUUUCGCCCAGUGACAUUAACACUUCUUUUUUUCAUUCCUGUGUUUACAAACAGUUGUCUUUUAAAAAGCUCACUCGCUGUUUUAACAACAGAUACAUAUUCAUGUUCAGUAGACGAUUAUCCAUCACUGCACACAUUCAGCUGAAUUCAUCUUUUUCCUUCUCAGCUGAAGGGAUCUGAGUUCGGAAUACUCAUACCCAUAAAGGUUAUAUACUAAAUAUCGGCAAACUAUGAUACUUUGAUGUGACAUUGUAUACAGUAUGCAUCUGGGGAUAACCACAUUGUAGUCACCAUAGCCUUGCAAGACUGACUUCA